AUGUUUGGCCGCCGUACCCGUGUCACUACCACCACGACCGCCCGCCCCCGUCGCGGAGGUCUCUUCCACCGCACUCGUCCCGCGCGCACCCACCACACUACCACCACUGGCCGGCAUCACCACCACCACACCACCCACGCCGCGCCCGUGGUUCACCACAAGCGCCAUGCCACCAUGGGCGACAAGAUCAGCGGUGCCUUCCUGAGACUCAAGGGCAGCUUGACCCGCAGGCCCGGCCAGAAGGCUGCUGGCACCCGCCGCAUGCAUGGCACCGACGGUCGCGGCUCGCACAGACGCCGCUACUGGUAG